AUGGCUAAAGCAACAAUUUCCCUUCCUAUUCACCCACUUGUUUUUCUGUUUUUGUUCUUCAAUUCAGGAAUUCUGAAGCUUGCCAAUGCACAGGGUACAACCUGGUGCGUAGCAAAGCCAUCAUCAAGCGAUGCUGAAUUGGCUGCAAACAUUGAAUAUGCUUGUAGCAACAUCAAUGGUGAUGGGUGCAAUAUCAUAAAAAAAGGCGGCCCUUGCUACUUACCCAAUACUCUCAUUAACCAUGCAUCAGUGGCCAUGAAUCUCUACUACCAAUUCAAUGGCAGAAACGCCUGGAACUGUGAUUACAAGGGUUCUGCUCUCACCACUACGACCAAUCCAAGCUAUGGCACUUGCCAGUAUGCAUAG